AUGGUUUCCAAGCUUGCUCUCGCUCUCUUCUUCGGUAACGCACUCGCAGGCCUCGCAGGACGUGCCAUUCCUCCUCGCUGUGCCACAGAGCCUACCCCCGAGCAAGUCCAGAACGCUCAGAACCUCAAGAAGAUAGAGUCCAUCUCCAGAGUCGCUACAUCUUCCAUCACCAUCGACACCUACUUCCAUUUUAAAGCCUUGAAUGAUGCUUAUCGUCCCCAUAAUAUCACCUUUAACCUCACUAAUACCACUUUUACCACUAACUCUGACUGGGCUGACGGAAAUGAAGAGGUUGCUAUGAAGCGACAGCUUCGUCAGGGUGAUUACAAGACUCUGAAUUUGUACUUCACUGAUGCAGUUAAGGUUAAGGGCCGGUAUGCUCUUGGAAACUGCCCUUUCCCUGAGCCUAAUAUCUCAACUGGUUCUGAUACCUUUAUUAUUGACGGUUGCGUCGUCGUCGCCGAGACUGUCCCCGGAGGAUCGUUAACUCGUUUUAACCAUGGUGGAACUGCUAUCCAUGAGGUUGGUCAUUGGUUUAACCUCUUCCAUACAUUCGAAGAUGGUUGUAGGGACGGAGACCUCGUUAGCGAUACCCCUGCCCAGGCUAGCGCAACAAAUGGAUGUCCUGCUCGAAGGGACAGCUGCCCUUUCCAGGCUGGCGAUGACCCUAUCCAUAACUUUAUGGACUACUCUGAUGAUGUUUGCUAUGAGGAGUUUACUGCCGGUCAGAAGAUCCGUAUGCAUACUGCUUGGACCACUUACCGCAAGUAG